AUGCUGAACGAACUCCGGGCAGAAUUCACUCGCUGGCAGAACGAGCACGCUGUAAGGCCUCCUACCGAUCAUACAGCCUCGUUAUUGAGGACACCCUUCACGGCGGAGAUCAUGGCUCAGCCUUACCCGCGCGAUUUGCGCAUCUCCAGGAAUAAGGAAUAUGAUGGGCGGACAGACCCAGAAGUUCAUGUCAAUACAUAUUAUGGCAACAUGUUGAUGAUGGGCGUAUCUGACGCCGUGAUGUGCAGGGCUUUCUAUUCCACGCUCACUGGUCGAGCGGCGAAAUGGUUCAGGACACUGCAACCGGGCUCUAUCUCUGAUUUCGCCAGUUUGGCGAUGAAGUUCAACCGGAAGUUUGUAACCUCCAAGGUUAUCCGGAAGCCUUACAUGUACCUCGAGAAGGCUAAACAGUUGGAGGGGGAAAGCUUGACCGAAUUCUUAGUCAAGUGGAAGGCGGCGGUCGGGGAGGUUGAACCUAUGGACGACCUAACGGCCAUUCACAUGUUGCACAUCUCCCUCCGGGCCGGUUAUCUGUACCAGGAUUUUAUACUCCAUCCGCCUGCCACUUAUGAAGAAGCCCUCCGUAGAGUGACGGAUUAUGCCAAUGCCGGUGAGGCAAAUGCCGUCAAGGGGUCACAAGAGGUCGGCAUAUCGUCCCGAAAGCCUUCCGGUCGGGCGGAUGAUCGGUCGGUUGAAGAUCAUCCCCGACCCCGAACCCGACUGGGAGAGUUCACGGCGUUAAACCGAUCUGCGGCGGAGGCCAUGCAAUAUGCCCAGUCCUGCAACCUCAUUCGUCUACCUCAACCCGGACCGGAUGGGAAGGAUAAGUCCAAAUAUUGCGCUUAUCAUCAGUGUGCUGGGCAUGACACGGAGGAGUGCACGCACUUAAAACAGCUGUUGGAAGACCUGCUUCAGUUGGGAAAAUUGGAUAAAUGUGUCGGCAAGAGAGAAGAGAACAAAGAGUGGGCGAGAGAAAAGAUCAUAGGCGGUUUGGAAGAUGCUUCCCAGGCUCGGGAAAGUUGCCCGGUCGCGAUCGUCGACUCCCGGGAAACUGGUAAGAGGCAAAAGAUGGAACCAAUUACCUUCUCUCUUGAAGACCAGCCGGAAAGCGGAGACAAUGGGAUGGAAGCCCUUGUUGUCACGAUUGAUAUCAUGGGAACUGAUGUCCAAAGAGUAAUGGUGGACAUCGGGAACAGUGUGAACGUCCUUUAUUUGGACGUGUUUGAGAAGCUAAAGUUGGACAAGUGA